AUGCUGAGUGAGAGUAGCGGUAGUGAGAGUAGUGCGGGGACGAGCCCGUGGCGGGGCCUCUCGGCCAGCUCCUGGUCGGGGGACGCCCUGGCGGGCCAGUAUCGGGUCCUGGGGGACAUCGGGCAGGGCAGCUUUGGCGCCGUCAGGCUGGCCCGCCACAUCCUGACGGGGACGGAGGUGGCCGUCAAAGUGCUGGCCAAGGGCCAGCUGGGCCCGGCCUCCAUCGCGUCCGAGGUGGAGAUCAUGAAGGCCGUGGAGCACCCCAACGUGGUGCAGCUGUUCCAGGUGCUGGAGACGGCCAGCCACGUCUACCUGGUGAUGGAGUACGCCGGCGGGGGCCAGCUGCAGCAGCACAUCCCCGAGGGGGUGGGCCUGCAGGAGGAGGAGGCGCGGGCGCUGUUCCGGCAGCUGGCCGGCGCCCUGCACUACUGCCACGAGAAGGGCAUCGCCCACCGGGACGUGAAGGCCGAGAACGUCCUGCUGGACGGCCGAGGCCGCGCCAAGCUGUGCGACUUCGGCCUGGGCCGCCUCUUCACGCCGGGAGAGACGCUGGACACCACGUGCGGCACGCCGGCCUACUGGGCCCCGGAGCUGUUCCUGGCCGAGCAGUACGACGGCCCCGCGGUGGACGUGUGGAGCCUGGGCGUCCUCCUGUACUUCAUGCUGACGGGGCGCCUGCCGUUCCCCGGGACCACGGUCGGGGCGCUGAUGGAGCAGGUCCUGCGGGGCACCUACGACUCUCCGGGCCGCGCGUCCGCCGCCGCCCAGAGCCUGCUGGCCCAGAUGCUGACGGUGGAGGCCGCGGAGAGGCCCAAGCUGGCCCAAGUCCUGCGGCACCCGUGGCUGAGCGCGGGCGGGCGGCCUCGCCCCGGCGCUGCCAGCGAGCGCGUCCCGGCCUACCCGGACCCCCUCACGGUGACGGUCAUGCUGGACCUGGGGUACGGCCUCACGGACACCUGGCCGUCCCUGAUGGGCCGCAAGUUCGACGGAGCCAUGGCCACCUACCUUUUGCUCAGGCACCAGCAAAGCCAGGGGGCGGGCUUGGCGGUCCCGAGGAGGCCGAGGCCGUCCUCGUCCUCAGGCUCUCUCAGGGUCCCCGUGCCCCGCCAGAGGAGAGCCAGCGAGCCCGGCCUCUACUGCCAGCGCGUGGGGAGCGAGGCGCAGCAGCGGCGCCCGUGA